AUGUACUUUCCAGUCCACUUUGUGGCAUUGCUGUCAGUCUCUCCGCUGCUACAAGCCCUUGCGAAACCAGGGUCGACUGCUGAUAUCGAUGUGGCGAGCUUCAGCCCCGAUGACAUUCUUGACAAAGAUGUUGCUAUUAUUGGCGGUGGCUCUGCAGGCUGUUACUCGGCUAUCAGCCUGAAAGACAAAGGGAAGAGCGUCGUUGUCAUCGAAAAGAAAGAUCGUGUCGGUGGUAACACAGAGACCUAUAUCGAUCCGGCCACCGGCACUCCAAUUGAUAUCGGCGUUCUGGUCUUCCACAACAUCUCCGUUGUUACUGAUUACUUUAAUCGAUUUGAUGUCCCGUUGACUCCGUACGGCGAGGACGACAAUUCGGGGCAGUCUGCAUACUACGAUUUCAGUACCGGUGCAGAGCUUAAUCUUUCCUUUCCAUCUGCAAAUAAGACUGCUGCUGCGUUUACCAGAUACGCAGAGUUCCUCGAGGAAUACCCCAGACUUAACGAUGGAUUAUUUCUACCAAAUCCAGUGCCCGAAGACCUCAUCAUGCCCUUUGGCGAAUUUGCAGACAGGUACGAUAUCGGCGCUUCUUUGAAUACUAUGUACGAGUUGGAUCCCGCUGUGGGAAACUUUACUACAGUUCCCACUGUAGAACGCAUGAGGACCAUGAGCCUUAGCCUCGUUCAACAGACAGAAACCGGUUUUCUUACCACUGCACAUCACAACAAUAGCGAGAUUUAUUCCAAAAUCCAAACAGAGCUGCUCUCCGCCUCAAGUCUCCUAUUAGACUCCGAAGUCAUCUCUACGUUACGCAAAGACGGCCGUGAAGGCAUUUCACUAGUUGUGCGCACACUGAACGGCUACAAGCUCAUCUUUGCAAAGAGAUUGCUCAUAACCAUUCCACCGAAGCUAGAUAUUCUCGCACCCCUUGAUCUAAGCGCGCAGGAGGAGUCGGUCUUUUCCAGGUUUAUUGAUGUCGGUUAUUAUACGAGUAUCGUAAAUGAUACUGGUCUUCCGGACGAUCUGAGUAUCUUCAACUACAAUCCAAACACCCCGUACAAUUUCCCUAUUCUCCCUGGAGUGUAUAAUAUCCAGGCGACACCGGUACCAGGCUUGCAUCUUGCUAUAUACGGCACGCCUCGAGGGAACAAGAGCUUCUCAAUGCCAACUGAUCAAGUAAAAGCUGAUAUCAUCAAGGGUAUUAAGACCCUCCAACAGGCUAAUCCCGUCAAAUUCAAACAGACGGAACCCGAGUUUGUGGUAUUUAGUUCACACACGCCAUUUUACCUGCAGGUCAGCGCCGAUGAUAUCAAAGAUGGCUUUUACGAUAAACUCUAUGCGCUGCAAGGUCUGAGAAAUACGUAUUGGACAGGAGCAGCGUUCCGGGGCCAGGAUAGUAGUGAUCUCUGGAGAUACUCGAAGGAAGAGUUCUAUUCUCAACUCUGUAUGUGCAUUUGUGUUUCUACUCUGCUUAAGACGGCACGAUUAAGUCCGGCGGGUGGCUUGCCCUAA